GGCGGGGCCGGAACGCGAGUGCGAGAGCUGCUGUUUCCGGGGGCGGCCCGCGGCGCGGCGCCCGGCGGCGUUGCCAUGGUGGAGGCCGCGGGGCGGCGGUGCUGGCAUGGAGGAGGCCGCGGAAGAUUAUCAUGAACGCUGUGUACAGUGUUCAGAAGUAAACUGGGGUCUCACUGAUGGAGGCAGAUUUUAUUGCAGAACUUGCCACAAUGUUAUAGAGAGAACUAGAGAAGUUGUAAAUACUGAUGUUAUUUCUAACACAAGAGUCCAGACGAUCUCCAGAGGUUUAAGAAAGCAGGAAAAAACUGAUGAAGGCUGGGAAUGGUAUGUUUGUGAAGGCUUUCAGUUUGUACUCAAGAAACAAGCAGAAGCUUUGGAAGCGUUAGGAAUAUGUCCGCAAAUGAAGGAUGAAAUUCUGUGCAAUUUUUGGAGGCGUUACCUUCAGAAGAGCCAACAAGCAUACUGUAACAGACCAGCUGGGGAAGCUAUCAAAGUACUAUCAGGAUGUGAUAGCAGUACAGAUGUGGAUAGUGAACCAGAGAGACCCAGCCUUCUGCACUUGUUAUCUUUCUCUGAAAGUGAUGGGGAUCUACUGACUGAUUGCAGCUUUGGCUCAUCGAUUGGCAAAGUCUCAGAAAGCACCUCUGUCUGCUCUGGAUCGGUAGAUGGUAGCUUGCAUUUAAUGAAGAACCAAAAGGACAAACUGAGGAUGUCAAUGCCAAUGACCCUUUCAUUUUGUUACAUGGCAUUACUCUGGCUGAGAGAACCAAUGACAUUAUCUGAUCUCUUAAGGUUUGUUGUUGAAGGUCAUAUUCCAUAUUUGAAUGUUUUUCAGUGUUUUCCAGAGAAGAUGAAAUUAUAUGGACUUGAUCUGAAGAUCUUUUGUGUAGAGUCAUGGCCUGUAUAUGAAGAAGUGUAUGACAAAAUGCUUCAACUUGCUGCAUUUUUAGAGCUGCCUCGUUUUCCAGAUAUAACAGACAGUUGCUUUCUUCAUCCAGAUAUGUUGUGCAUGAAGUACUUGAUGGAAGCUAACUUACCUGAUGAAUUACACAAUUGGACUUGUCGAGUGGUGAAAAAGAUCCGUAUAGGAGAAGCAGAUUUCCUGACUUUUGCUCCUGGAAAUAAGUCAACAAGGAAAGUGAAAUAUGAUGUUCUUGCUGCAGCAGUUAUUGUAGUGGUGCUCAAAUUACUGUUUUUACUAAAUGAUCACUAUGAAUGGCUACUGUCAGACUUUGCUGAAGAAAGAAAUAAAAACAACAAAGAAGAUGGUCUGUAUUUUGAGUUCAGAAAAUGGUGCAAGAUUAUAAAAGGUUCCUUGGAUGUGGAGCAAAAGAAAUUGGACGAAGAAAGAGCCAAGUAUCUGUGGAGAUGUGAAAAGCCACUGUUUUACUCAGCCAAGAAGAAAUCUAAAGUUCUUAAGAGAAGGCAAAUUGUUGUGAACUUACAAAAUCAGUUUGGCAAGCUGUCUGGUUCAGUGCAACCUGCUGAAAAGCCACAUCCUUCAAGUUUUCAGUUAAACUGGUCUGAAGAAAACACAGAUGGGAGUUGUUUUCAUGGGCAUAGCCUGAAGGGAAUUUUGCAAGAAAAAUGUGGCUUACUUACAGCCAUGAACCCUGACUAUUGGCUGUGUACAGUUAAACUAUGUACUGAGAAGUUGUGUGGUCAUCUGGCUCAUUACAGAGACUUGGACUUUCCCCAGAGUUAUCAUUUUGUACUAAGGUUAUUCUCCUUUCUUCUGAGGAUACAGCCUUCUUAUAUCCACGAAGAAGUGUGUAUGAUAGAACACAAACUUUUUAAUAAAAAGCUCUAUAAAAAGCCAAAAUACAGCCCAGGCCAAAGGAAGUAGAAAGGCCUAAAAAUAGUAGUAUUCCGACUGUGUAAAUUAGGAGUUGAUUCCAUCCCAAACCAUGACAUCGCAUCUAAACUUAUCCUGAUCUUUUUGCCUGCAUAGAAAUCUGAUAAUGUAGUAUAGUGCUGAGAUUUACUACUGCACUUUAGUGGUGGUGCCAUUUAUCUAUAAUUUAAAGUCACCAGUUUGCAAAUGGAAAGUUUCCUAAGGAAACUGUUUACCAAAAUUUACUUCCUCAUCUUAGAUCAGAGCCAACAGGAAGCUAUGAAAUUAGCAUUUUUGGCAUAACUGUACAUACUUUGAGUAUACUGGACAGCACAUUAGCAUCUAAUUACAUUGUAAGAUCUUGCAAGUAAAAUGCUCUCUAUUUUGUUACCUGCUGUUGUAUGACAGCAAAUACAUUUCUAGAAAGUAAUAUUUACUUUUCUUUGAAAUAGUGUAUUACUAAAUAAAAGGAACAGAUGGUUGAUGUUUUCA